AUGCCCUCUACCAGUCUUUGCCAAGACGAGGCAUGUCCUCCAUACAGCCUCAUGGACGAUUAUAGCGAGGGAGCCCAUCCACAAAUCCUGGAAGCUCUUCUUCGGACAAAUUCAACACAACAAGUCUCCUACGGAAAUGAUGAGUACUCCAACCAAGCCAGACAAUUGAUCCGCCAAAGGAUUAAUUGCACCGAGGAUGAGGCAGAUAUUUUCUUCGUUCCCAGUGGAACAUCUGCAAACCUCAUUUCAAUCGCCAGCUGCCUCCGUCCGUAUGAGGCUGUUAUUACUCUGGAUUCUGGACACAUUGCAUCCAAAGAAGCUGGCGCGAUUGAAGCAACUGGACACAAACUUAUUCUUGUCCCUGCAGUCGAUGGAAAGAUGACCCCGACAAAUCUGCGAAAAGCCAUCCAGCAAAAUCAGUUCUUCCCACAUAUGGCGAAGCCUCGUCUGCUUUAUAUUUCUAAUGCAUCGGAGACUGGAACGGUCUAUACUAAGCGCGAAAUGAGCGCUCUUUCUACGCUAUGCAAAGAAUUAAAUCUCCUGCUCCUGGUGGAUGGAGCUCGAAUCGGAACCGCCUUGUGCUCGAGGAAAAAUGACAUGGUUCUGCGAGAUAUCUUUGAAUUCGCCGACAUUUUCUGGAUCGGUGGAACCAAGGCCGGUGCGCUUAUGGGCGAGGCCAUCGUGGUGAAGAAGCCUCUCGCAGAGGGAUUCGUCUUCCACCUCAAACAGCACGGCGCUUUGCUGGCGAAGGGCCGUAUCUUGGGUGUUCAAUUUAUGGAGCUGUUCCGGGAUGACCUGUUUUUCACUCUGGCUACCCAUGCCAAUGUCAUGUCUGAGAAGAUCUCGGCCAAUUUCGAGACUUUGGGGUAUAAAUUGGCUGCGGAGACGGAGACUAAUCAGGUGUUUGUUAUUCUGCCGCAACGGUUGAUUCGGACCCUGCAAGAGAGAUUCCGGUUUUAUACUUGGGAACAUUUGGAUGAUGGACAGGUCGUUGUGAGGAUUGUUACUUCUUGGGCUACGGACGAGUUGCAGGUCGACAAGUUCAAUGCGUCGGUGUUACAGUGGACGGUCGCGAACAAGGACGUCUGCAUUGAUUAG